UUUUCCAUACAUAUAUAAAGCUUAAUGAUACCUACAAACUGGUGAGAUUGGCCCUUGACAUACGCCAUUGAUACGCGGAACUGGGUUGCCAUGUUGCCAUGUUGCCAUGUUGCCAUUUUCGAAUAUCUCCAUCGCUGACAUGACCCAGCGCCUCGCCCAAGCCCUCCGCAACGUCUCGUUCAACCAGACGAUGCUCCGUGUCAAGGACCCCAAGAAGAGUGUGGCGUUUUACGAGCGCCACUUCCAGCUGACGUUGGCGCACCAGUCGCACUUCCCCGACUUUAGUCUGUACUUCCUGGUGUCACUGCCAACGUCGACCCUGCCCGACAACCUCAAGAACGCAAAGUACAUCAACGACGGCGAGUACGGCGUCUUGUUGGAGCUCACGCACAACCAUGGCACGGAGUCUAACCCGUCGUUCCGGUACCAUCCUGGCAACACGGCGCCUCUUGGGUUUGGUCAACUCGGGUUUGCGGUGCCCGCCGGCGCGUUGCCCGCAACCAAGUCGUCGUUGGAAGCGCAGGGGCAUGAUGUGGACGCGUUCGACACGACUUUGCUCACCCACGACCCCGAUGGCUACGAAAUCCAAGUGACCGAACGCUCCAGCAGCAACCGCGUCGACGCGGUGUCAUUUCACCACACGACGCUGCGUGUGAAGGACGCCAAGGCGAGUUUGGAAUUUUACCAGACGAUCGCCGGGUUCUCGCUCCUCAACACCCAGCGGAACGAGAAGGAAAAGUACACGUCAUACUUCUUGGGCACGACCACCACGGACGCGUUGUCAGACGAGGACCUGCGUAAUCAACUGGGGACGGUGCUGGAGCUGCGUCAUUUCGACGGCACUGAGUUGUUGGGCGACGAUUUCAAGUACAGCCACGGCAACGCGGAUCCCCAUCGGGGCUUUGGGCACGUGGCCAUCAUGGUCGAGGACGUGUACGAGUCGAGCGCAGUGUGGGAAGAGCUAGGCAUCAAGUUCCAAAAGAAACCCGACGCCGGACGCAUCAAGGGCCUGGCGUUCAUCUUGGACCCUGAUGGGUACUGGGUCGAAGUUCUUGGCCGAGGUGCUCACGUGGAAGGGAUGUAAAAAGUCUGGCUCGUCAUGAGUGUGUGUCGACUGAAAAUACAGUAAUAUACAGUACCGUGGUAAUUUGACCAACAACAAUGCAAUGGAACGCCAUCAAAAAUGCUAAAACUGGA